AAGACACAAGACCAACAAACAUGACCAACAGCGCUAGCAUGGCACUGCGACCUCACUUCGACAUCAAUGGCUCACAAGAUGAAUCGUCAGAACUGAAAGCCGUGAUGGCAGCACUUGGAAUGCAGAAACAUCCCGAGGGCGGGUACUUUGUGGAAACCGAUCGCGAUCCUCACAGAAUCCCUAACCCACUACCCAAAUCCGCUCAAGCUACCAAUGAAGACGAAACAAGAAGCGCAAGUACGACAAUCCAUUAUCUACUCACCCCAAAAUCACCUUUGGGAGCUUGGCAUCGGAAUAAAGCACGAACAGUGCAUACUCUGCAUCGCGGGAGGGGACGAUAUGUAAUUAUCCAUGCUGAUGAAGUGGCGGCGGAGAAAUGCCCCGGAGGGUAUGGAGAUGCGGAUGUUUCGGAGGAGAGUCGUUGGAUUAAGAAGGCACGGGUCGAGGUGUUUACUGUGGGGCAGAAUGUUUUGAAAGGAGAGAAGUUGCAGUGGAUUGUGGAUGGUGGGAAGUAUAAGACUAGUUUUCUGUUGCCGGAUCAAGAGGGUAGUGAGGGGAGUGAGGGGUUGCUGAUUAGUGAGACGGUUGUGCCGGGGUUUGAGUAUAGCGAUCAUGAUUUUAUGAAGAAGGAGAGGCUUGAGGCUUUGGUUAGUAAGGGAGAGGUGGCGGAGUUGGAGUGGAUGCUCAGGAAGGAGUGAGAGAUCUUCGGUGUGUUCGAUUUGAUUUUCUGUUCCAUUCGAGGAACGAGUGGUUCCUCUCUUCCUGCGACUCUGUGCCAGGAUGUCUACGCGAUACAGAUAUACAAUGGAUGAUAGAUCUAGAGCUCCCUUCACAGCUUAUGCACAAUUAUUUCCCCGUGAACGCCUUCGCUAUGCCCCAGUUUCUUCCGUUAUGCAAUGUUCCGCUUUUCCAGCCGGUGUCCCUCAUGCGUCGUUAUGUCGUGACAAGUUGCGCGCACUGCGCUUCUCGAUGCUCUCUAUGCUGUCGUGUGGUGUAUAGUGAUGGAUAAUGCCCAUUUGGCAGGUCGUGAAGAGAUCACACAUCUUCGCCGCUAGUUGUUGAUCCGCCUCGUCCAACACCGCCGCCGAGGCUUGUUUGUGCCCAGUAGAUGCCGAAGCCGAUGAGUGCCAGCAGGAGGAAGAGCACGAUGAUGAUCACGGCGAUGACAAUGUUGCCCUUCAUGGUGACGAAGUGUAGAUGUGUCGGUACUUGAUGUCUUGGAUGAUCUCUGGUGUCGCUGCAGGUGGGUGGUGAUGGUAUGUAUUGCGGGCGAUGCUGGGCGACCGAUGGGACAGUGAAGCGCUGAUGGUUGUGGGAGGCGCGGCAAGUGGAUGGUGUGUGAGAGAGGAAUGCAACGGCAUCGCAGAGUGAGAGCGACUAUUACCUACCUUCCUCCGUCUGAAUUUUG